CUUAGUGGAGGCUUCCAUGCAAAUAGAGCAGCAGAAUUACUUGAAUACUCCAUCGCUGAGCGAUGUCGAUGAAACCUACGUAAGGGUAUGUAUGCCUUUCUCAAAAUUUCGUUUGCACAAAAUUAACUCUUUGGAUCAGCUUUCAUUAGUUGAUUCUUUGUUUUGUCGAGAUUUGAUGACAGAGAUCAUAUUAGCUUGCCUUCAGCUCGUGUGAGUCUUCAAGUGGUUUGGAAUUUUGGCCCCAGAGUUGAAUUAUCAAAAGGUGGUUUUCAAACGGGACUCUAUUUCUCACUAUGUAAUACUCUCUCCAUGUAAGAGGAUCGAAUUGAUGAAGGCAACUUGAUCGACCUUUUCGUAAUCAACUUGUAACAGCAGCAACAUAAUUUCGUUGCUAGACAUGAAAGGAUACUAAGAGUAAGCCAGUUUGUUGGUUUCUAAAUAAGAUUGAAUACACAUAUCGAUUCCAACAGCAAAAUACUGGAUAGUGUUUAAUGAUAAUUUCAAAGAUAUCGAAUUUAGAGAAGCGAUCCCUUCCUUCUCUGUAUACUUCCGAGUUAUUUCCUCAAGCCACUCGUUGAAAGUUUGUCGUCAUCUCUUCGUAGAAAGUGUUUCAAGUUACCUUAUUUUAUAAGUGUCGAUAAGAAAACAGAGAAAUGGUGUAGUAGCUAUUCGGUUAUAAGGCGCACCUUUUUUUUCAAGAAAUUCCUAAUUCCUACUAAAAAAUUACCGGAAAAGUUUGAGUGCGUCUUAUAGGCGAAUAUUUUCCCGAAACAAUUUUUUUUGAUCACAGUUACUGGUACGAUUUCAAGCACAUAAAAGGAUACACAGUGUUAGUCAUUGACUUUUAUAAAUAUGGUGGUUCUGAAAAGACGAGCGAAGUCAAAUUUGCAUAGAUAUGAUACGUGCUCGAGAGCACGUGCUCAGUAAUUUGAUUUCACAAAACAAAACGAAAAUAAUCAAGCGAAGAGAUAAAUACCUUCUUCAUCUAUCCAGCCUUUUUUGUGCACUGAGACCUGCAUUCUCUGCGGUAUGUUAAUUCUUGUUUAAUCAAGGCUUUUGUUUGUGCGCGUGGUCACGUGUGCGACAAUUCUGCUUUUGUUAAUUAACAGUAAACUUUAAUCAAUACGCGACUUUUUCGCUUUUUUGUAAGUUUAUGAAAGAAUUUACAAUAAACUUGACCGAUCUUUACUACCCAAACAACGGUGCGCCUUAUAACCAAGUAUUUUAGCGAUAUUUCAGUUCGAAAACAUGCAAUAAUGAAGUUGCCGAAUUGGGGGUGCGUCUUAUAGCCGAGUGCGCCUUAUAACCGAAUAACUACGGUAUUUACAGAUUUUUAUUGUUUUUCUUCUUUGAAUUUUAGAAUUUAGAAAGACUGAGGUUUCUCAGCAGUUACCAAACCAACGUUUUGUGGUUUCUCGGAGAGUAAGCACGCAGGAAACGAUGGAUGUAAGUCAUUUUGAGUAGUUCUCACUUGAUUUUGUUGAUUAAAUUACACGUUUAUAUAGAUGUAGAUGGAGAAAAUUUUUCGGCUCUCAUCGGCCACAAAGACUGUCAUUCUCAUGCAAAACGGGUGCAAAUUUGUAUCACAAAUGAAAAUUACAGAUUACACGUUUCCAAAUAUACAGCUGAAUGUCUUUUGAUGAUGACCUUGUCAAGUUUUAAUUUGAACAUUCAGUUGAAUGCCAAAAAAUAAAGUUAAAGCACGCACUGUCAACAUUUCACUUGUUUUGAUUCAUUGUGUUUUUUUUCUCCAUGUAUAAUUAUUAUUGCGACUUUUUCAGACAACAAAUUGAACUCUCAGAAAAUUCACUGCUUACUUUUACCAAAGGGAACUCAAAUUAUGACACUACUUACCCAUAAUGUAUCACACAGACACCCGCUUAACGCGGUGGAAUGAAAUACUAUCUCAUGUAGUACAAUUACCUAUAACUAGUGACCUCGAUGUCAUUGGCACUAUAAUCGUGACCACCGCUCGUUACAAACGUGUUGAUAAAUAUCUUACUCGCUAAGUAGAGAGAAGGUCGCGUCACACACGUUUUUUCGUUGCUUCGUUGCUUCGUUGCUUCGUUGCUUCGUUGCUUCGUUGCUUCGUUGCUUCGUUGCUUCGUUGCUUCGUUGCUUCGUUGCUUCGUUGCUUCGUUGCUUCGCUGCUUCGUUCCUUUUGUUGCUUCGUUCCUUCGCUGCUUCGUUGCUUCGCUGCUUCGUUCCUUUUGUUGCUUCGUUCCUUCGCUGCUUCGUUCCUUCGCUGCUUCGUUCAUUCGUUGCUUCGUUCUUUCCUUUAACUUUUUAGUCAGUCAGCUAACCGUUAAAAUAUUUACUUUAUAUCCUAAUUAUAGUCUUGGAGACAACAAUAUCAGUUCGAAAAUGAGGACGAGGCGUUAGUCAAGGCACUUGAGCUUUCCCGUCUGGAGCAACAGGGCAGCCAACAGACACAACCAACAGUUGAGCCGCGUCAGACUGAAUUUCAACGAACCACUCAAGCUUUGGGUCCAGAUUUAAAGAGUACGUUGACGUCGGUUUUUAUGCUUUCUAUGACCCUACGCACUGUUUAUUUCCAAAUUGUAACCUUAAAUGCCUUAUACUUCAUUUUCCAUUGAUUGAACCAAAUAAGUAAAUUUUAAUCUUCUAAUUUUGACAACCUACAUUUGAUAGAGAAGGGAAUUUGUUUUUAUAAGUGUGGCAGAGUUUCUUAUCAAAUAUGUUAGGCUUUAAAGGGAAAACAGGUCGCAAGUCGCAAGCUGAAACCAAAAGGGCAACUCCACUUUGCCUGCCAAACAACUGUAAAUGGGAUUCGAGCUCAGGCCAGUACAUCAAAACAGGAGAAAUGCGAACCUCACUGUAUGUGGUAGAUGAAGCACUUGAAAACCUCCGGAGGAUUAAAGGUAAACUGUAAACUUAUUAAUCAAAAUUACAACAUAUUUGCAUGCUAAUCCCGUUAUGGCUGAUGGUCGGCGUGACUAACGUCAUUAAAAAUUGUUUUCUUUAUUAUGUCCAAAAUGGUGCAACUUUUUAACUUUCUCGCUUGAAUUUUACACGAACAAUUCACCAAAGAUGGAUAAGUCACAAUAUGAAACGGAAUACCUGGAGAUUUCAUAAUUCCUGAGGAGGAAGAAUUAAAUAGAUAUAGCUCAAACAAUCGAACGUUGCGAGGUCAAUUUUCAUUUUUGAGUUUUUUUCCUAUGCUCAUAGUACACACCAACUAUGAAAAGAGAAGAGAAAAUGAAAUGAAAAGAAGGAUGCACUCACCUGUUGGAAUCUGUGAUCUAUAAAUGAGUUAACACAUAAAAUUAUGGAAUCGAAGUAUUUGAACCCUAGCUUUUUGUAGCAGACGAGUCCUUUGUGUAAUUCUUGCAAUCAACGAUCAUCUAGGUCCAGUAUGUGUGGUGUCUAUCGCCGGGCCAUACAGAAAAGGAAAGUCCUUUGUACUCAGCGAAGCCUUCAAUCAACCACAAGUUUUCCCUCUUGGACAUCACAUGGAACCGGAAACCAUGGGAAUCUGGUUAUGGAUAGUGCCAGACAAGUUCAGGGUUUGCCGGAUCAUUAUUUUGAUUUUCUUUUGUUAUUUAUAAUAAUUUGGCAAGGUAUGAAGAUGUAAUCGACAUAUUUCUCAUAAGGAUGCUGUCACGAUUCUGUGAACUCAAAAGGGUUGUUUAUUGUGCGAACUCGACUGCCGCCACGUGUGUAUUCGUUGUCUGCUAAGUCUUCUAAAUAUAAAGAUGUUCAUCGGCCCAGUGGCGUGACCGUGUAACGCAAUAUCACGACAUCUUCCCCUUUUUACAAAGUUUAUCUUCACAAGUUAAUUAAUACUUAAUGUUCGGUUUCGAUCACUGUUCAAAUCACAUAAAAUUGAUAAAACAUUGUUCUUCAUUGAAAUCAUAAAAAGAUAGAAACAGAACCCAACAACUAUUUAGCGGCUCAAUCAUUCAGUGUUCAGUUCAUAUGGUAAUCCUGAUGCCACAAAGGCGGUCGACGUCUGCGUUCUGAUCGACGAGUUUCAAUCCUUUGUGGCUCAAGCUCAGUUCCCAUCUCAUUUUCAGGUGGCAUUCUCUCUGUUUUGGUCUCGCCAUGGAACUCCGGUGGAGGAGGUCCUGGCUCUGUCAGAUUUGGCGCCGGUUUGAGGGUAGACUCGGGCGGAGUUAGUUCUACCAGACUCAUAGGUGGUGCUGUUUCCGGGGUCAGGCGCAGUUGCCGACGGUUGCGUCGGUAUCGCCUGCCGCAAACUUCAACUUCAUAAGACCUGUUCCCCAAGGCUUUCAUGCAGGUCCCCAGACUCCAUUCCUCCCUUCCGGGAAGCCGCAUCCUGAUGGCCUGUCCACACUUUAGUGCCUCUAAAGGGCGAAACUUUUUGUUGUAUUGUUGAGCUUGUCUUUUCUUGCGCUCAGCUAAUUUGGUGGCUGUUUCCUGGUGUGAUGGCUGCCGCAGGAGCGUUUCAUGGGUUGGUAAGAAAGUGCGUGUGCGGCGUCCCAUCAGUCUCUGUACGGGUGAUGUUCCUAGACCUCUGUUGGGGUGUUGCGCCAAUCAAGAAGGGCUAACAGCGGGUCUUGCCCAUCCGCUUUCGCUUUCGUCAUCAAGUUCUUGCAGGUCUUCACGGCAUUCUCGGCGCGGCCAUUUGACUGGGGGUAACGGGGGCUCGAAGUUCUAUGUUCAAACUGCCAUUCUCUCACGAAUGCACUGAACACCGAUGACGUAAACUGAGGUCCGUUGUCGGUAAUAAGCACGUCUGGUAUCCCAUGGCGGGCGAAUUGUACUUUACACGCAGCUAUCACGCUAGCAGAUGUGGCCACCUUAACCUCCUGGACUUCAAAGAACCCACUCCAGUAGUCGACUAGGAUAAAGAAAUGUUGUUGUCCAAGGUCAAAAAAAUCGGCACCUAGCAUCGACCAGGGACGCGACGGGAUCGGAUACGGUUGCAAUUCCUCGCGGCACUGAUCUGGCUGGUACGACUGGCAGAUUGAGCAUUUGGAAACAAAGUCCUUUACUUCCGAAUUCAUGAGGGGCCAAUAGAGGACCUCCCUAGCGCGACGUAAACACCCUUCGAUUCCAAUAUGUGAUCGGUGAAUUUGCUUCAACAUUUCUUUUCUCAGGGAAGGGGUACCAGCAAUCGCUCCCCCAGGAAUACUAGUCCCUUGUCUUCUAUAAGCUCACUUCGUUUGUCAUAGUAAGGCGUCAGCUCAGGGGUACAGGACUUCCUUGACACUGGCCAUUCACCCUUGAUUGCUCCGAUUAGCUUUUGCAUCACUGGGUCCCUGGCAAUCUCGUUUCUGAAUUCAGCGAGCCUGUAUGGUGCAAUCGAGAGGUUUUCUGAAUGAUCUAUCUCGGCAAGUGUACAGAUCAGACUUGUAUCGUGCUUGGAGGCUUCGGUGGUGUUGCGGUAUGCUCGACUCAGUGCAUCUGAUACCCACAUAAGUUCCCCUUUUUUAUACUGCACAUCCAGGGAGUAAUUCUGAAGGGCCAUCAGCAUUCUCUGGAGUCUCUUUGGUGAGUUGUGUAUUGGCUUGGUAAAACUGCCCUUAGUGGUUCGUGGUCAGACUCGAUGUGUACAACUUCGCGUCCCAGUAUGUAUUGAUUGAACUUGUCGGUUGACCACACUAUGGCGAGGAGCUCUUUCUCGAUUUGAGCGUAACGCGUUUCGGUGUCGGUCAGAGCUCGCGAGGCAAAGGCAACGGGCUGACCCUUUUGCAUCAGUACUGCACCUAGACCCGUUAUGCUGGCAUCGCAUUGGAUUGUCACUUCUUCAGUAACAUCAUAGUAUUUCAGUACCGGGGCCUUGGCCAAGUAUUCUUUGACUGUGGUAAAUGCUUUCUCAUGCUGUGCAAGCCAACACCACUCGACGUCCUUGUCCUCAAGCCUUCGCAAGGGUUCUGUCAUGUCGGACAGGAGUGGCAAGAAUUUGGCCAGAUAAUUGACCAUCCCCAAAAACCUCUUCAGGCCUUUCACAUCAGUCGGCGGUGGCAUAUCCAAAAUAGCUUCAACUUUGGCUGGGUCUGCCUUUAGACCAUCAGGAGUCAAGAGGUGGCCCAUGAAACGCACUUCGGUUUGAGAUCUUUUUAGCUUGAGUUUGUUGAGCUUGAGGUUCCACUCCCGGCAUUUCUUGAAGAACGCACGUUCGUUCUUUUCAAGGCUCGAGUUGACCUCUGCGUCAGUUUCGCCAAAUCCAGCGAUGAGGAAGUCGUCAGCGAUAACUUCAACUCCUUCUAAAUUUUCUACGAAUUCAUGCAUGCGUCGCUGCCAAACUUCAGGCGCACUUGAGAUACCAAAAGGCAUGCGGGCCCAUCUAUAACGCCCAAAAGGCGUAUUGAACGUUGUCAGGAAACUAGAAGCAUCGUCUAAGAGGAUUUGGUGGAAACCAUCCUUGGCGUCACAAAGAGUAAAUUUCUUGGCACCUGUUAAGCGGGAGGCCACUUCAUCGAUAGUCGGCAACUGGUAAUGCUCUCGCCGAAUGGCACGAUUUAAAUCUCUCGGGUCAAUACAGAUGCGUACUUUGUUUGGCUUCACUAUGGCCAACAUGCUGGAUACCCACUGCGUCGGUUCUGUUACUGGAAUAAUAACUUUACGAUCAACAAGUUCGUCCAGCUUGUUUUUGAUGCAUGGACGCAAGGCUACUGGCACUCGCCUCGGUGCGUGGACAACUGGUUGCGCCUGUUCGUCUAUGGCUAUUUUGUAUGUUCCCGGUAGGGCCCCUAAUCCGUCGAAUACGUCCUCAUACUCUUCGAGCAAGGAGGCUUUGGGACACUUGACGUGUAAUGCUAGGACGUCACAAUUAUGCAAACUCACAAAGCCAAGAUUGAGGCUGGUGUUCAAUGAUAAAAUCGGUUGAUAGUCUCCGUCUAAGAUGUUAAACUCCAUUGACCUCCGCUGUCCACGGGACCACACAGGCAGGGUAGCUUUACCAGCAAUUUUGCGGCGAUCCCCUGUGUACGAGACUAUUUCCUUUUGGCAUGGUUUGAGGCGAUGAAGGAGGGUGUCCCCAGUGAUUUGCUUGUAUAAUUGGGCCGGGAGAAUGUCGCACUGCGACCCAGUAUCUAUUUGAAACUGGACUUCUGUCUUGGGAUCUGGCCCAUAAAUGUGGUGUUUGACCACUGCCAAUUUUUCCUGGCCUUUGCUCUUACUAGUAGUAGCACCAAUGUAGUAGGGGUCGUUUCCCAUGUCGACGGCUUCGUGGACCACCGAAACUCUACUUUUCACUCCUCGGGGAUUAGCGCGACAUUUAUUCGCAAAAUGAUUCAUACUCCCACAGUUAAAACAUGUUCUUCCAUACGCGGGACAAUGACGUCCAUGCACCAUUCCUCAAUUUCCACAUUCUUUAGACGGUCUUCUAAAUGCUUGUGACUUAAGUUGUCGUUCUUCUUCAGGUUUUUCUGCCGAUCCCGCCUUCCGUAACGCAUGAACUGCAGUGUCUCCUCCAGCCAUUAGCUUUACUUGCUGUUGGGUCUGUUCUGACGACUUAAUAAUGUCAACUGCUUGUAGGAGAGAUAAAUCAUUCAAACGGAGAAGUCUCUCGCGGACGCGAUCAUCCCGUAUGCCUAGCACGAGGCGGUCACGCAAAAUUUCAUCUGGUGUGAUUGUAUCGUGUGCACAGUUUUUGCGAUCGUUCGAAGCUCCGUAAGAUACGUCGAGAUGUUUUCGCCUGGUUCCUGGUUUCGGUUGUUGAACCUAUAGCGUUCAUAUAUGACCUGUGUCCUAGGAAUGCAGAAUUCGUCGAACUUCUUCAGGACUUGUGAAAUGUCGUCUGCGUUUUCGUCUUCGUUCCAAAUAAAGGUAUCGUGGGCUCUGACGCCAUCCUCGCCUAUAAUGCUUAGUAAUGUCGACACACGAACUAUGCCCUCUUGUUUAUAUACACCAGUAGCGAUUUCGUAGCGCUGCCACGCUGCUUUCCACGAUUUCCAUGCGGUGGCUAAAUUGUCGUCAAAAUUAAGCGCUUUCGGCGGGGGCAAAUUUGACGGGGGAAUAAAAACUUGAGUCGGCGCUGGUGGCACAACUAUGGAUGCUUCAGCUGCUUCUGUCAUCUUUAGGGGUGAACAGAUCCCACUUCUGACACCAUGUCACGAUUCUGUGAACUCAAAAGGGUUGUUCAUUGUGCGAACUCGACUGCCGCCACGUGUGUAUUCGUUGUCUGCUAAGUCUUCUAAAUAUAAAGAUGUUCAUCGGCCCAGUGGCGUGACCGUGUAACGCAAUAUCACGACAGAUGCUAAAGGCCAGGAAAUCACAAUAGUGCUGCUGGACUCUGAGGGAAUUGACGCAGUAACUGGAGAAGGACUUGAUGAUAACCAGAUCUUCACUUUAACAGUUUUGUUAGCCUCAGUUUUGAUCUACAAUUCACAAAGCGUUCCAACUAGGCGUGAUCUUGAGGGACUGGAGUAUCCUUUCAAAUGCAGUAACAACAACGAGAUGUUUAUUUUAACCAUGAAAGUUUUUUUAAACUGCAAUCUAAGAUUACAAGUCAGUCAACUAUUUGUGAAGAAGAGAGCCGCUUGAAUAAAGACAACUUGGUGAAUUUUUAAGGCGGGAAUCCAAAAUGGUUAUUGGCUACUCGAACUCAAGACUACCAGAACUGUACAUAUAAGAAUCUGUUAAAACAAAAUAAAUAAUUUUAUAACAAAAUAGACAGCUGUCGGUUUUCCCUCAAAGUGAAAGAUAGUUUUUCCGAUAAUAGCAACGUUGAGUUCAUUAGAAACUGAAAAGUGUAAAGCUUGUCUGGAAACAAAUGGGAAUAACCCGUUUUGGCUAAGGGCAACGAUAAAUACUGAUUAACUCGAAGAUCAGGAUCCUGAAGUCAGGCCAAACUCAGUACAAACACUGAAAUUGGUCCAUUAAUAUUUUUUGUACAAUCUGGACAAUUUUCUUUAAUAAAUAUAGUUUCAUUGUGAAACUAACUCAUCGUAUUGAGGUGCGAUCAACAACAAAGCAUGAGACCGAGAGAAGCCAUCGGGACUCAGAGUAUUUCCAUAAGACCUUUCCUUUCUUCAUAUGGCUACUUAGGGACGUAACACAAGCAAUUCCAGAAGACUGUAGCAAUGUUAAGGACUACUUCUUGAAAAAGGUGAGUUUGGGCAUAACUCCUGAACGAAAUAUUGAAUAUAGUCUGCAGUUCGGAGGGCUAUUAAUUGAUGAGUGAAAGCACAACUUCCACAACUGUCAAAAUAUUGCCUCCUUAGAUUACCUUAUCUAUUGUUAUUUUAUCAAAUAAAACUGUAUAUUUUGUUUUGGAAGGUAUUUAAGGUCCAGGAUUCAUUAGCUGUUGGUCAAGAAAGUCAGAAAGUAGCCGAAAGCAUCUUAAGCUUCUUUCCCGGUUUCGAAGCAUUCACUUUACCUUCUCCCACCGUCGACCCCGAGGCGUUAAAAAGUAUCACUGAAAACAAAAGUCUCAUUAAUCCUUUGUUCAUCAGUGGGUUGGAAGAUUUCAGAAGUUUGGUGAGGCGAAUUCUGCUCCCCAAAAACAGCAUUAACGAUGGAGAACUUGUAACCGGAGAAGGUAAUGGAGACCGUGACUUCGUGCUGAAACAGCCCAGCUCUAACAAUGACGAUGGCAUAUUCUCACCCUGGACUGAAAAUAAGCUUGAAUGGUCCAUGGCUUUGAAACACAUUCAAUUAAUAGUGGACCAUGGCUUUACUCUUUACUCACAAAGCAUGACGCAAAUUAUUGUUAGUGUUAUAUCAGCGCAAGUACAAAUUUAUAGUUCUUAUUUAAUCAGGCCUUGCAGUACUGGUACAGCUCUACGUCCAAGCCAUCAACACGCCUGGUAUGGUCCCGAAUGUUCAGAACGCCUGGGAUCAGUUUGUGGAGGUGAAAUGUUCUGACGCAAUGAAAGAUGUACUUAAUGCUUAUGACACCACCAUGUCAUUACAACUAAAGGAUAAGUUACCGUGUGAUAAUGAUCGACUGCGAAAUGGUCAUGGAAUGGCACUGGAGAACAGUGAAGCCCAUUUCAUGGCGGACACGGCAGGAAUAUCUACAAACACGAUCGAGACGUUUCUGAAAAAUUUGAAGGUUAGGCCUUUAUUCGGGUUGCACGAUCCUUGAUGAAGAUACGUCUGAGAGUAUUUCUUAAUUAUUGCUUGUGCAAUUUAUAAACCAGACUGACAUCUUGUAAAAUCAACUUGCGAAAAAAAAGAUGAAAAAGAAACUUUUUGCUAUUAACGUUUAGAGUCCAUCUAACUCGUAUCCACACUGCAGAUAUGGCUCACGGUACCAAGAAGUGGAGAUUAAUCCACUCAAAGUUUAGGGAAAGCUAUGUCUCAAAAAGAUAAAGAAAAUAGUAAAGCAAGCAAUGCAUUAAGCUUAUUCUUAAACAGGAAACGGUUUUUUUAUGAAGGAGAGAAGUGCUAACAUUCUUGCCAACUCAUGUUUGCGUUACUUUAAGCUUUGUCCUAGUAAAACAGGUCGAAGAAGCUCAAGGAGGCGUCAAACGAAAUCCUCUCACUUCCCAGUUUAAUAUCCUGUUCUACUGUAUUGUUAUUUUCGAUUUAGGAAUCGUUGAGUGAAAGGUUUCACUUAUGGCAAGAGAAGAAUGCAAAAAUGACCAGAGAAUUCUGCAACAACCUGCUCGCAAUGCUCAAAAAGCAGCAUCUGGACCCAGUAAUACAGCAACUACAGAGAAAAGAGGGAGCCAAGCUUUCCUUUCAUGAGAUUAUUGGAAAAUACAAUCUGAUUAAAGAUGACUACCACAAGUCUGCAAUCGGCGCAAAAGAUGAAAUUGAGGCGGUGUUUUUUGAGUUUCACCCAGUAAGUAAAUUCAGGGCUUGAGUUCUCCUAUAUUCAGUGAUGUUAGUCUCUUUACUCAGUCUUAUCUACAGAUGCAUUCAUCCUUAUGGAUCGUUUGUUCUUUAAAGUCACACACGUAGGUUCUUGGUAGCCUGGCUAUAGAGCACAGAGUUUGCUUCCUGGCUCUCAUUGGUUAGUUUAAAGCCCCGUGCUCGCUUCCUGGUUCUCAUUAGUUAGUUUAAAAGUACAUUGUUCGCUUCUUAGUUCUCAUUGUUAGUUUAAAAGCACAGUUCGCGGAUCGUUCCCGUGUGAUUGCUUAGUAGGCGUCAAUUUCACAGGCUUUUCCAUGGAGUUUUGAGUUUGUUCAUACUCCUAGAAAAAUGCUACUGAUACAUGCAGUAUUGGUCAUUAUUCAUCUAUAUGUUAACGGUUAACAAGCUGGUGAAGAAAAAAAUCGACGUGGGUUGCACCUGAUUUUGACUUACUGUAUCCAAAGAGAGGAAUCCUACUUUUGAAGUUAAGAUUCUUUGAUUUCUUUUUUUAUCGUUUUUUUCUUAAAUGUGUGCUUAUUUGUUGUCUUUCUUGAGGCAUUGAUGAAAGAGCAAGAGCAAUACAUGAGCCUCUUACAACAGCUGAAAGACUACGAUGAAAGACUGACCGAAGAAUUGGCUGCCAAAGCCUUUCAAGAGCAGGAAAAACAAAAGCUUGAGGUAAUGCCCUUAUCAUGCUUUGAAAUUUUCAGAUUUCCACAUUGCUUGACUAAUUAUGAAAUGCUUAUUCGAGAUAACUCUAGAGGAGGAAGUCUAUCAGUAACAGAGCAACUGCAACUUCUUUCCUUCCCUUGUGCUCAGAGUAAUAACUGACGGAUCAAGAAGCCAGAAUUUUAAAAUUAUUUGACCAACCAGGGCACGCCUAUUUCGAUUAAACGCAUGAUCUGACGCAAUCAUUUACCAUUUAUACAGAACGAAUUCGCAUGAUUAUUUGAAAACAUGGAAUAUCAAACUGAUUUCAUUUUUUUCACCACUUUCGAAUAUCGAAGGAACAGCAACAGCGUUUGCUGCAAGAGAAUCGUCAAGUUAAGAGAAAGGUAAGAAAGACUGCUGUUCAAAACAUAGAUAUUAAUUGAAGUAACAUUUCUUUUUGUUGACGUAGUCGCGUCAAAAGCAAGAUACACAAUGUACGAUAAUCAAUUUUCUCUCUGGUUCAUCACAUGAAUCAACACUUUGUUGCUUAAUCCUUUGGAUUAUUUCUGAGUGUAUUCUCCCUAUUUUCUUGCGGAAGGAAGUGGGAGAGUUUGGCGUAAGAAAACUAACUCGUAACCUUUCGCAAAAAAACUUUGACACUCCAAUAACAUUGCCAUGUUUAACUUGUUUCAGUAUAGUUGCUCCAGUGAUCAUAGAUAUGCGCGUGUGCUGAUUGUUCGAGGAUUGCGUCAUAUCUCCCAAUAAUCACCUUGCGCGCAAGGGUGCUAAAUUUCAAAUGGCUUGCCCGUGUUUUGUCAACUUUACCCAGGAAGUGAUAAGUGCAAUCGAAAAAAUUCAAUCAUGAUCAUGAAAAGCACAAAAUAUGCGGCUAAGUUUGGAGUAACCCUUUCCAAAAGAAAGAUAUGAAGUGUUGCUGACUAAAUGGGAUAUAUAUACCAGUUGAAUUCUAGUGGAAACUGGCUGCGUCUCAGAGGUUUUUCAACAAAAUUCACUUUGCCUUCGACGAAUAAUUAUUAAAUGUUAACCAUUUCGUUUUGGUACACUGUUGUUGAAAUUAUCGUGCAUUUUUAUACAGAUGGAAAUGUUAAGCGAAAGGCAAAACGAGGAGAGAAAGAAAUUCCGGGAGCAAACGGAUAACGAUCUUCGAGUCCAGAUAGAUCAGAUGAAAAACAUGAUGGACGCAAAUAUGCAACAAGCACAGAGGGAAAGAGAGCAGUUUUUGCAAGAAAAUCAGCAACUCCGAAACCAGUUCCUUGACAUGCAGAAAAUGAACGAGGAAAACAUCAAGAUGAUAAAAAAGCUGUCUAAGUUGGUUGAAAGGCAAGAGGAAGAGAAGAGAAGAGAGGAAGAGAGGAUGGAAAGAACUCAAGCUGCCAUGGAAAAAAAGGAGAAGUUUGAACAGAUGGAAGCAAGGCACAGAGAAGAAAAGGAAAGUCUACGUCGCGAGAUGGAGGAAAAGCUUGAGCAACAACGCCAAGCUUUGACAGAAGAGUACCGAAGGGCUGCUCAGUCUCGAAUGCAAAUGGUGGAAGAAAUAGGAAAAAAGUUGGAAGACGUUGAAGAGGAGCUAAAGGAAGUCAAGAAACCAGGCUUUAUUAAACGAGCUGCCAUAAAAGUGAAAGAUGCGAUAGCUACUGGAGCUCGAAAAGUAGUGGAGAAUUGCGUAGUAAUGUAAGAAAUCACAACACGACCCGCAAAAAUUGAAAGAAAAUACUUAUAAAAGUGAUUGGAAAGAAGAUUCUCAAGGUAUAUUCGAUUCAUUGUAAUUGAAGUCUUUUAAGAAAUUUCACCUUGACGAAUAAGUCGCAGAUUGGCAAUGUUUUUCGUUUUUGCAGCUGUUUUUAAAAUAAUUCGUUAAGACAAAAAUGACAAAAAAAAACCUAAGCUAGACUCGCACACAUGAUGAUUAGAGCUAUAUACGACUUCACGUGAUAGGAAAUUAAUGUAGAAGUAGCUGCAAAUAUGGUUUUUUAGAGGCGAUUUAUGCUGAACAGAAUAUAUCACCUUAAGUUACCGCUGAUACCUGGAUUGCCUUAGCAGUUUGGAUUUACUGAUUUUCCUCUUCCGCUCGACCACGGUGUGGAGUUACUUCGUCCACACCCCAUAUUUCAAAGAAAUUGAUACCAAAGCAAAGUGUCAGAUGUGGAAACUAUAUCUAAAUAAAGCUAAGAUGACUGAAAAUGCCAGCACGAAGUUAUCACCAUGCACGAAACGCCAAUGAGUCGUUUCAGAAGAGUAGCUAGAAGAGUCAAUAGCAUGCUCUCGGUACAGUACCAAAGACUUUAACUAAUUUCUCUAUAGAUUCAUAUGUAAUAGAGCAAUAAGUAAGAUAUCGAUGUCCAAGCUUAAGAUUUAUAAAUUUGUGCAGUUUCCACAUUAAAACAAUUUUCUUAGGCC